AUGCCGCUCUCGUUCACCAGCGAGCCCGCCACCGUCGGCGAGGCGUCGCGGCCGCUCGCCGCCCCGUUCUGGGCCGGCUCCGCGCCGCGCACGCCGCCGCGGGCCGACGCCGACGCCGACGCCGAUUACAUCUCCAGGGGCGCCGGCCGGUCGCCCUCGUCCCUCUCGCCCAUACCGGAGGAAACGUCGGGCGGCAAGCCGACGCCGGCCGAGCGGCGGCGCCUCUCGCCGACCUACGAGGCCGGCACGCCGCCGCCGGAAGGCAUGGACGGCCCCGACGCGCGGAAAACGCUCGACAACGCGAUAAGAGAAGGAGCGAGCAUCAUGGUGCCCUCGCCCGAGCCCGACGCCGAGAUAUCGAGACUGACGGCCUCGCCCGCAAAGUCGGACGACAUGACCGACGAAGCGUUUGUGAGAAAAGUAGCGGAAAGGGCCGCGCAAAGAGGCUUGGACGUCUACACGCCGCCGGACACGGUCGAGAAACCUUCGAAGAAGACGCCCUCGCCGUCACACAAAAAAAAGUCGCUCUGGAGCGCGUUACGCGGCGCCGUCGCGCGCCACGAGGCGCCUCUCUUGGACGAGACGGAGGAGCUCGCCGAGGACGAGAAGCGGAAGGUUUUUGGGCGGCGCGCGUCGCAGCGCCGCGCGUCCGUGACGCGGGACGGUUUGGUCAAGCGCCACGCGAGCGGGCCGGACCCGUGGGACGAGGCCUGUAGCAAAGCUCGGCGGUCGCUACAAAAAAAACUGUCGGCGUCGGAAGAUCGGCGAAGGCUGAGCGAUGUGGUUGUGGAGUAUCAUAGGACCGUUAGAGGGGUCGUCGUCGACUACGUCUCGGCCGUAGAAAAAUUAGGAUUGGUCUAUCGCGUCGAGUUCGUCGAGGAGGGUCCGCUCCACUUCCAGAUCGCCCUAGCUAGGUACGGCGAGCAGGGGCGGCGCUUCGUCGUCGUCGAGAGCGUCGCGCGGCAAUGCGUCGGCCGCGCUCAGAUCAAGCCCACGGACGAGCUCGUGGCGGUCAAUGGGAAAGUAAUUGUCGAGCCGACGUCCAAGGACCGGCUCACGGAACUCCUCAGGACGAUUGCCGCGGCGCCGCGACCGCUCACGCUCACGUUCGUCGAGGGCGAAGAUAGGGAAAAACACGCCGCGCCGCCGCCGCCGUCGCCCCUGAACGCCGCGCUCGCGUUCGGCGGCUGGCGGACCGUGCGACCGGAGCCGCGGCGCCUUGUGCGGAUGCCGGCGCCUCCUCCCCGGUAUUAUGGACGGCGGCGGUGUGUGCUGGCGGCGGCGCUCGCGUUCGUUCUCUGCGGCGCCGUGCAACGGCCGCCGCCUCCGCCGCCGCCUCCACAAAAAGAGGGGUUCCCCUGGGUGCCGGUCGUCGUCGCGGGCGCGGGCGCGGUAGCGCUCGCGCGGCCCGAGGUCCGCGCGGGGAGGGCCCUGGCGGCGCUGGGGCGGGGCGUCGUGAUCGGGGCGUUUCCGGCCUAA